AUGCUUUCGGGGAUCCUGCUGUUCAACCAAAAGGGCGAGAACUUGAUCUUCCGUCAGUUCCGUAACGACUGUAAGGUGGCUCUUUCAUCUGAAUUCGCUGUCCCUAAGGUAGAGGCUGAUGGGGGUGUGCGUGAAAUAAGGUCGGCCACGAUUAUCGGAUGUUUUUCGGAUUCAGGUUAUUUCCAACGCCCAGGUGCGCUCACCAAUACUGACCUUGGGGUCAACAACAUUCUCGCAUGUUAAACAUGAGAACAUAUACUUGGUUGCCGUCACAAAAAGCAACGCCAACGCAGCCUUAGUUUUCGAGUUUCUGUAUCGGCUCAUCGCACUGGGAAAGAGCUACUUUGGCAAAUUCGAUGAGGAGGCUGUGAAGAAUAACUUCGUGCUUAUCUAUGAGCUUCUCGAUGGUACGUUGGAUCCCGAAAGAGCUUGGACAGCUUCGAUGGCAGAUACAGGGGGAGCUGUGUUUGGACGAAUUGCUAAGUGUUGGGCGCUAAAACAGAGAUCUUGGAUUUUGGCUACCCGCAGAACACGGAGACCGACACGUUGAAAAUGUAUAUCACAACAGAAGGAGUAAAGACUGAGAGGGCAAUCGUAUGCAUAAGCAUCUCGAGAUUCGCAUCUGUGACUUUCUGCUGAUACCGACGGACCGCAGGAGGAUUCUACUAGAAUUACUAUGCAAGCCACCGGUGCGUUAUCGUGGAGAAGAGCGGAUGUGAAGUAUAGAAAAAAUGAAGCUUUUGUGGACGUAAUAGAAGAUGUGAACCUGCUGAUGAGCGCGGGAGGUGAGCUGCAUAUCCCGAAGCCUGCACCUAGACUCACACUCAUUACGCAGGAACCGUAUUGCGAGCCGAUGUCUCCGGCCAAAUUAUCAUGCGCGCUUACCUUUCUGGGACCCCCGAAUGCAAAUUCGGUCUCAAUGAUCGUCUUCUCCUAGACGGGGAUGGGCUCACACGACCGUCGGGGAAUAAGUCUGGCACGAAAGCUACUCGGGCAGCGGCGGGAUCUGUGACACUAGAGGAUUGCCAGUUUCACCAAUGUGUAAAGCUCGGCAAGUUCGACACGGACCGAAUCAUCUCCUUUGUUCCCCCGGACGGCGAGUUCGAGUUGAUGAGGUACCGGGCUACGGAGAACGUCAACCUUCCCUUUAGAGUUCACGCGAUCGUAAACGAGAUUGGCAAGACCAAAGUAGAGUAUCAAGUCGCUAUCCGUGCCAAUUACGGAACGAAGUUGUUCGCUACGAAUGUAGUUGUUAGGGUACCUACGCCGUUGAACACUGCCGGCAUACAAACGAGGACCUCACAGGGGAAAGCCAAAUAUGAGCCCUCCGAGAAUCACAUUGUCUGGAAGUAAUAUCCCCCCUUCCCAUCUUGCCCCCUUCCACUUCCGCUCCCUGCAUAUUUUCCCUUUAGCUCCGCCACCCCCGCAAUAUAUCUAACAUGAGGAAACAUAGGAUUCCUAGAUUCACAGGUCAGGCGGAAUACGUACUCAGUGCAGAUGCAACACUGACAUCCAUGACGAACCAGAAGGCCUGGUCGAGACCGCCGUUAUCGCUCUCCUUCAGCCUGCUGAUGUUCACUAGCUCUGGUUUGUUGGUGCGCUACCUUAAAGUGUUUGAGAAGAAUAAUUACUCCAGUGUCAAGUGGGUCAGAUAUAUGACAAGAGCCGGAUCUUAUGAAAUAAGGUGUGUAACGUACCACCCUCUCGCCUCCCUGCUUCCCCCCUUUAAUGGUACCUCGAUCCCUCCCACACAUUAUACCACACCCACAUGAGCAUAAGGAUCAGAGUUUCGUACAGUAUCUGAGCGUCCGUACGGUACUAAAUUCGGGCUUAAAUGUUCGGGUACGGUACGAGUACUUCAUACCGGAUACUUGCGCUUGACAUUACACCCUAGCCUGUCUCCGUCAUUUAUGUCUCUGCCACAAACUGCUCCGAUAUCCGAUGUCUGAUCUACCUGCGGCUGGGGUGAGACUAACCGGGAUUUGAUUACCAAACUCAUAGAUUCUAAACCGGGGGCGAAACAAAACAAAAUCAGAAGUGACACCUGUUUUUUUUGAUUUGAAUUCGGAUUUUCUUUUUCUUUUUUCUUUUCCACCGACUUCGUUCUUCGCUCUCAGUCCUUCUAUCUAUGGAUUACUCUAAUCUUAUGAACCUACCCCCUGAUAUCAUACAUUUAUCUAUUUCCUCGAUGCCCUAUGGUACCGGUGCGGUGGUGUAUGGCACUCGAUGCUGGGCUCAAUUCGGCAUUAAAUUUUGAGGGUAUUCUGGGGGCAAACAAGCGGUUUUUGUUCUUUUUUUGCCUUAAUCUGAAAGAAAAAUUGGUAUGAUGAUUUAUUCAUUCAUUCUAGCCCUCCGCCGUAAGGAACUUGACACUGUCUCAGCGACAUGAUACGAGACACGAGACGCGAGACAUCAUUAGAAUUCGGCUUUAGAAUUCGGCUGGUAUGCCCGUUAAGAUUUAUGAAUCGUGGUACACAUUGGGAAGAUUAACUAGGGACAUCAAACGUUGGUGGUAUUCCACUUUUCAUUUUGCUUUUUUCACUCAGCCUUUCUAUUUCAACUGCUCACGCUAUCCUUGGCCGACGUGAGAGCGACCACAUGGCCAGGGGAGGAGGAAGGGGGGGCAAGGAUGUGUGAUAUGGGGGAAAUUUGAGAAUACACUAGUAAUAUGCUCGUAGUGGCAGCGGGCGGGGGGGUACCUGGAGACGGGUUUACGGAAUAUAUGGCAGAAAAUCCGUGAGCGUCUUGGCACCCGUGCAAGCCCACGACCCCUGUUUUUAGAGACUUCUUGCCCACUGCGGGUACUCGGAUGUUUUGGGGAAUACCGUACCGUGCCGGUGGACUGCCGGGGGGCGGUGGUUCCCUCGUGUUAUUUCCUGCGAGCCUGUUGGCGUUGUGAUAACCGAGGAAGUCGAGGAACGCCAAAGACAAAUAAACGCCAACCGAAACAUCCAUGACCCUGACAUAAUUAUACAUCCGAGAAAUUGGAAAAAGGGGGGAAAAGGAAGAGGAAAUUCUAAGAGAGACCAGGCCAGUUGCAUGGGUGAUAUUUGAUCCGGAGCUAGACGGAUGACCUUUUCCGUUGCUGUUUGAGUUUCUUGUAGAAUUCCUUCUUGCCGCUCCUCUUCCUGCUCUGUAUCUUCUCGUAUUUGUUCUUAAAACGUUUGCGGCUACUGUCAUCAGCCAUGACCUCCUCCGCGAUCGUCCGCUUCCGCUCCCUAUUGCUAAGUCUUGAGGAGAAAUAGUCGGCGUUUCCUUCCAAAAUGGCCCCAACCUGGGAAUAUUCUGGAAAAGCAGAGCUGUCCUUCUUGUAGUGGCGGUGGGGGUCAAGGACGCCACGCAUCUUGAUCAGCUGCAGGUCGCGCUUAAGUUCCGGGGUUAGGUUGGUACGCGGCAUAUCAAACCACUUCGAUCCAGCAGUUUUCUCCUUGUCCUGAAUUUAGAGUGGCACUAUGUUAGUACAUUUCAACAUGACAUCACGUCGUAUUGACAGCGAUUAAAAAAGCGGAUACAUUUAGAACUGGAAGCCUCAGAGUAACUAUGAAUAGUAAAAAAAUCAGGAGUGCAAGUAGGGCCGCCAGGACGGGGCCCCAUCCUUGCUCAGGUUCUAAUGGGAUAAGUUUUCAUCAUAGGCAG